ACGUGCUUCCUGGGGCAUGCUGGCGUGUGAAGCGCAGAGGAUUUUGUGUACAUUGGGAAGGAGAAGAGCUGUGAGGGAUCUUCUUGGAAAAGCUCAGAGCUGCUGCAAUCGCUGCAGCCUGAUAACAGACAGAAGAGGUCAGAGGAGCAUCUCAGCGCACGGUCCGACUCGACCUCUGUCCUGCUGCAGGUUCCUGGGGUCCAUGGAGGAGUCCAAACUGUCACUGGCCAUCCCAGUGGGGGAGAAGAGGGCCUGCCUGGAGGAGGAGCCAGCCCAGGUUGCCAAGAGACCCCGAGUGCAGGGGGCGGUGUUUAAAAAUGGGGGCGCUGUCCCGGAGACACCUCAGGAGCCAGAGGACGAUAAGGAGGAUGAGAAUGAGGAGGAGAGCGAGGCGGAGGAGCUGAGCGAGGCCGAGGCGGAGGCGGAGGGGGAGACCUUCGCUGACAUGAUGAAGCACGGGCUGACGGAACAGGACGUGGGAAUCCUGAAGUUUGUCAGCGACCACGAGGGCUUUUCUGGGAUCCUGAAGGAGAGGUAUUCUGACUUCGUGGUGCACGAGAUCAACAAGGACGGGAAGAUAGUGCAUCUGGAUGACCUUAGUGUGCCAGUGGAGGCAGAGGAGCUCCCUGCUGCUCAGCCAGAGGAACCGCAGGUCCUGACUGAGGAGCAGAAGCAACAGCUGGAGGAGCUGCAGCUGUUCAAGAACAAGGAGGGAAACGUGGCCAUAGAGGUGCUGGAGGAUACGAAAGAGAAACGCACUGUUCUGCACAAGGCUGUGAAGACCCUGUUCCCCGGCCUGGAGACCAAGACCGAGGAGAGGGAGGGCCGCAAGUUCAUAGUGGCCUAUCACGCGGCCGGGAAGAAGGCUCUGGCAGUGGUCAGAGCCGCAGCAGCCCCCAGGAAGCACUCCUGGCCCAAGACCCGGGGCAGUUACUGCCACUGUGUGCUGUACAAGGAGAACAAGGACACCAUGGACGCCAUCAAUGUGCUGUCCAAGUUCCUCAGGGUGAGGCCCAACCUCUUCUCCUAUAUGGGGACAAAAGACAAGAGAGCCAUCACAGUGCAAGAAAUCGCUGUGCUCAAGAUCAGCGCUGAGAGGAUGGCCCAUCUCAACAAGUGCCUGAUGAACUUCAAACUGGGAAACUUCUCCUACAGGAAGCACCCUCUGAAACUCGGGGAGCUGAAGGGUAACCAUUUCACUGUGGUCCUCAGGAACAUCUCAGGUACGGAGCAGCAGGUGCAGCAGGCCAUGACCUCCCUCAGGGACACCGGCUUCAUCAACUACUACGGCAUGCAGCGCUUUGGCACGACCGCCGUGCCCACCUACCAGGUCGGCAGGGCCAUCCUGCAGAAUAACUGGACUGAAGUGGUGGAUCUGAUCCUGAAACCUCGUCCCGGAGCGGAGAAGGGCUACCUGGUUCGCUGCCGGGAGGAGUGGGCUCUCUCCCAGGACCCGGAGGCCGCGCUAAAGAAGCUUCCGGUGAAGCGCUGCGUGGAGGGCCAGCUGCUCCGCGGCCUGUCCAAGUAUGGCAAGAACAACAUCGUCACCGCGUUCGGCCUGAUCCCCCGGAACAACCGGCUGAUGUACAUCCACAGCUACCAGAGCUACGUGUGGAACAGCAUGGUGAGCCGGCGUGUGGAGGCGUUCGGCCUGAAGGCGGUGCAGGGAGACCUGGUGCUCAGGGGAGGUACUGCACACGUUCUGUCUGAAGCUGAUGCUGAGAACCACUCCAUCCACGAUGUGGUGAUGCCUCUUCCAGGGUUCGAUGUCAUCUACCCCACACACCAUGUGGGUGAGGGCUACAGGGAGAUGCUGAAAGCGGAUAACCUGGACAUCGACAACAUGAGACACAGGGUACGGGACUACUCCCUCGCCGGGGCCUACCGAAAAAUCAUCAUCCGCCCUCAGGACGUGAACUGGGAGGUGAUUCACUAUGACGACCCCCGGAUCUCGCUGGUGCACACCGACCUGGAGAAGCUGGAGGACAAGCCGCCACCGGUCUUCAACAAAGAGGGGAAGUACAGAGCUCUGAGGAUGGAGUUCUCCCUGCCAUCCUCCACCUACGCCACCAUGGCCAUCAGAGAGGUGCUGAAGAUGGACACCAGCAUCAAGAACCAGACGCAGCUGAACACCACCUGGCUGAACUGACACGCGCGCACACACACACACACGCACACACACACACACACACACACACACAC